AUGUUCAUGUCUAAGAGCUUCUUCGCGGCACUUGCCAUCGUCGGGGUAGCAUCGGCCGCCCCGGCCUCCCUUGCCAAGCGCCUACCGGGCCGCGUCUUGAAAGCCGGCGAGCCGGUAGUGAUCGACACCAACUCUAAGUAUCUCCGGGCUAGCUCUAUGAAUGAUGGCAGUCUACUCGGCGGGUACGCCGCCAAGGACGGCACUCAAAACGUAUUGCGUGUUGUGAAGUCUACCAACGGCAGCCAGUCCAAAAUCGCAACCCACGACAUCAACAACGCAAUGCCGCUUCAGCUCCCUAACGAUCGCAUCCUGUACGCUAACCGGAACCACGAUCGCACGGGCGCUGAUUGGCAUUACACGUACUUCCGCAUCUCGAUCUCGUACUCGGACGACGGCGACAAGACCUUCAAGUAUCUCUCCACCGUCGAGGAGCACGUCUCGUCAGGCGUUAACGGCCUUUGGGAGCCGUUCCUGCGAAUCGCCAGGGAUGGAUCGCUGCAGUGCUAUUACUCUGCUGAGAACAGCGCGGGCGACCAAGACAACUUCAUGAAGUACUCCAAGAACGGCAGCGCGACAUAUGCUGUCUUCGAAAACACCGAAAGCGGGGUCUUCUCAGUGUGCAACGUGUGGGGCACGCUGGUGGCCAGCUUCAUGACGAACGAGGACGUGGAGGGCACGAGCGGGUACGACAGCGCGCAGAUGAAGGUUAUUGCUAGCGUGGACGGCGGUAAGACGUGGUCCGGCAGCGUGGUUACCGGCGAGGCGGCGUCGCAUUGGCCGGGUGUGUUUAAUCGCGAUGCUAGGUAUUUCUCGGCGCUGUAUUCGAAGGAUGGGCUUGGGGAUGUUAGCCAGUUGUAUGAAUUGAGGAAUUAG